AUGGGGGUUGUCGCUUUUCCUCACUUCACGCUCUUCACAACACUGGUUUUCAACAGCUUAUCUAACAGUAUUGCGAUUUCAGGCUUUCCUUGCCUUGGAGUAUUGUUGCAAAAAUUGGAGAGUCCAGCACUUCGUGCCUGCUUGAAAGUGCCUUCGAAUGAGGGCGUACUCGUGCGGAAAGUUGAGCCUACUUCUGAUGUUAGCAAUGUCUUGAAAGAGGGAGACGUGAUUGUUAGCUUUGAUGGUGUCCGUAUCGGGUGUGAAGGGACAGUGCCAUUUCGAUCAAGUGCACGCAUUGCAUUUCGCUAUCUCAUCAGUCAAAAGUUCACUGGUGAUGUAGCCGAGCUUGGUAUUAUUAGAGCUGGGGAAUUCAUGAAAGUUCAAGCACUUUUGAAGCCACGUGUGCAUUUGGUUCCUUAUCACAUAGAAUGCGGUCAGCCUUCAUACCUAAUAGUUGCCGGCUUGGUGUUUACACCACUAUCCGAACCCUUAAUAGGGGAAGAAUGUGAAGAUAGCAUAGGGCUAAAACUAUUGACAAAGGCUCGAUACUCUUUGGCAAAGUUCGAAGGAGAACAGAUUGUUGUGCUAUCACAGGUCUUGGCGAAUGAAGUGAAUAUCGGGUACGAGGAUAUAAGCAAUGAGCAGAUCUUGAAGUUGAAUGGCACUCGAAUUAAGAACAUUCACCAUUUGGCUCAUCUAGUGGAUUCUUGCAAGGAUAAAUAUCUAGUGCUCGAGUUUGAGGACAACUUUCUGGUUGUUUUGGAAAGGGAAGCAGCCGUAUCUGCAUCACCUAGUAUUCUUAAAGACUACGGAAUUCCAGCUGAAAGAUCAUCCGAUCUUUUGGAACCAUAUAUUGAUUCCGUCAGACCAGAUGAAGCAACCGAUCAACACGAGUUUGGUGAUAGUCCAGUUUCUAAUUCAGAAUUCGGCUACGAAGGGCUUCUUUGGUCUUGAUCAUGACCUAUUAAGUUCAGUUUAGCUUCUCACCUGGAGCCUUCUUUAGAUAUCAUCUCUAAGAUGGUUUACUUUGGCAGUUAUUUGUUCCUUGAUACUUGACCGGAAAAAGACACAGAUGACCAGGCAAUAUUUUGUCCAUGAAGAAUCUGUAUAGUAGGGCUUUAGUGCUGUCCUUUUUGCCAAAGCAAUUGCAAAAUUGGCCAAAAAAGUGGAUAAUCAUUUUCCAGUACAAAUGGAGGUUGCAGCAAAAAAUGUCCUCCAGUUGAAAUUAGUGUGGGUGGAAAUGUUGUACUAUAGAUUAGGCAUGGAGCAUUUUUGAGUUUUUUUGAGUUUUUUUUUUUUUUUUUGUUUCACGGGUAGGAUGUAGUCUCCCUUUAGGGAACAUGCUUUUCUUUAUUUAUUUUUAUGUUUUGUAAUUGACACGAUUCAAUUUUGACAACAAUUAAUAAAAGAGCUUACCCUA